GUCCACUUACUCAAGCCACAACACGCACAACUGCACUGUGCACUACACCACACUUGACCGCGACUUCCCGCCUGCCGCCUGCGACUGCUGCUGCCACUGCCGCCUCACGCAAGGAAGCACAGCAGCCACCCGUCGGUCGUCGUCUCACCCACCAACACGCGCCCGCCAGAUCUACCUACGCGUGGGCGACGCACUCACUUCUCGUCGCUACAUAAGCCCGGCCGAUUGAUCCUUGGCACCUCUCACCACCCACCACACCUCCCACCACCACCACCACACACCACCAUGCUGCACUUCCCUACGCAGGUGCUAGACUACCUGCCGACGUUCGCCGAGGCGCACAACGGCACGCUGCUGGCCGCCAUCACGCCGCUGGCGGCCAACCCGCCGUUCUACCACACGACGCGGCAGCACAUCUUCGACUUUAUCUCGGACCGAUACCUGGCGCUCGCGGCCCCGAUCGUCAUCUACUGGGUGCUGUCGAGCGUGUUCCACAUGCUCGACACGCUCGAGCUCCCGUAUUUCGAGGCGCGCAGGAUACACGACUCGGCCGAGACCAAGGCCAAGAACCGCGCCGGCUUCUGGCAGGUCAUCCGCGCCGUCAUCUUCCAGCAGGUUAUCCAGACCGCCGUCGGCCUCAUCUGGGUCGACAGCGACGACGAGAUCCUCGCAACCCAGGUCAACGUCGACCAUGUCGCUGCCAUGCGCUUCAUUGCGCCUCGCGUCGCUGAUGCCGUGCUGCUGCUUGUCGGGCCCAAGUACGGCGUCAAGCUCCUCGAGAGCCGCGGCCAGGAGAUUGUCAACUUUGUCUACUGGUGGGGCAUCCCCAUUAUCCAGAUGUUUGCUGGUUUCUGCAUCAUCGACACCUGGCAGUACUUCCUCCACCGCGCAAUGCACACGUACCCGACGCUCUACCGCCAGUUCCACAGCCACCACCACCGGCUCUACGUGCCCUUCGCCUUUGGCGCGCUGUACAACCACCCCGUGGAGGGCUUCCUGCUUGACACGCUCGGCGCGGCGAUUGCAGAGCUGCUCACGUUCAUGACGGUGCGCCAGGCCGUCCUCCUCUUCACCCUCUCGACUUGGAAGACGGUCGACGACCACUGCGGCUACAAGCUCUGGUGGGACCCGUGCCAGCUCUUCUUUGCCAACAACGCCGACUACCACGACAUCCACCACCAGGCGUACGGCAUCAAGGCAAACUUUGCCCAGCCAUUCUUCACAAACUGGGACUACCUCCUCGGCACGCAGAUGACGCGCGCGCAGGCCGAAGCGAGGCGAAACAGGCCCGUAAAGGAGGAGUAGGUAGGACACGUCGUCGUUCAUGCUGUACCGCGCCGGUGCCUGCCUGCCUCCCUCCCAGUUCGUUCCCAGAUCCACAUCCCUGUCACAACACACACACACACACACACUGUACAACAUAAUCGAUACCGCAGUACAGUUACCCCCCUCUCAAUGGUCGAAUGCAGAGUGUCUAUAAUCCAGUAGAGAGAGCACGCGUCCGCGCGCUGACCGGCGGCCGAGGACGACACGCGCGUUGCCCGGCCAGGCAGGCAGGUCUGUGCAGUGGCGUUGAGGGCAAGCAUCGGACAUUGCAUGGG